GGGGUUUUUUUUCCAUGAAAUUUCAUUGCUAGAUCCCUUGUUGGGUUGUUACUUUGCUUCUAUGUAUUCCAUGUUUGGUUGCUCAGAAAAUUUGGUAAGAACAAAAAGGGGAAAUUUUUCCAUCUUUGAGGUUUUAUCUUGUGCUGAAUUUAGGGGGGUUCACUUAGUUUGAAGCCGAUAAAGUGUUUUGAUUAGCGAAUAAUAAAGACAAGAAGAUACUUUCCCAUCACUAACCAUGGAUCACUCGGAACAAACACAACAGCAGCAGCAGCAGCAACAACAACAGCAGCCUGUGGUUGGUGUUGUGGCCGGUUCUGGUCAGAUGUCUUAUGCUCCUCCAUCCUAUCAAACUGCUCCGAUGGUGGCUUCUGGACCUCCUGCUGUGGCCAUCCCUUCCCCAACACAGCCACCCCCGACAUUCUCUAAUUCCCCACAUCAGAUAGCCUACCAGCAAGCCCAGCACUUCCACAGCCAACAGCAGCAGCAGCAACAACAGCAGCUUCAGGUGUUCUGGGGCAACCAAAUGCAAGACAUUGAGCAAACAACUGACUUCAAGAAUCACAGCCUUCCACUUGCUAGAAUUAAGAAAAUCAUGAAAGCUGAUGAGGAUGUCCGAAUGAUAUCAGCUGAGGCUCCAGUGAUAUUUGCAAAGGCAUGUGAAAUAUUCAUCUUGGAGCUGACUUUGCGCUCAUGGAUUCACACAGAAGAGAACAAGAGGAGAACAUUACAAAAGAAUGAUAUUGCAGCUGCUAUUUCAAGGACUGAUGUGUUCGAUUUUCUGGUUGAUAUUAUCCCAAGAGAUGAGUUGAAAGAGGAGGGACUUGGAGUGACCAAGGCCAACAUCCCUGUGGUGGGUUCUGCGGCAGAUGUUCCAUACUACUAUGUUCCACCACAGCAUCCUGUUGGUGCUCCUGGGAUGAUCGUGGGGAAGCCAGUGGAUCAAGCAACAAUGUAUGGUGCUCAACAGCCUCGGCCACCUAUGGCUUUCAUGCCCUGGGCUCAGUCCCAACCUCAACAGCCGCUGCCACAGCAGCAACAACAAACCCAACAGCAGCAGACAGACAAUUAGUGGUUGUAGCUGAGGCACUCUCAAAGCCAUUCCCAGGCAUAGCUUUUGAUUGUUAGAUGAGUUUUAAUAGUGUUGUGUUAGUUGCAAUUCUGAUGCUAAAUGCUAGUGGAUUGUGUGGUGAGCAAAUGUUAGGUUGUUAUGUUAUCUAUGUGCUUGUAUUGCUUCUGAUUCGAAAGUUAUCUUAUGGUGUGUGAUAUUAUCCCGGCAGAUUUUUGUUUAGAAGUUUAUUUAAAUUAGUUUACUUUGGUAGA